CAAGUAACAUUUAAUGAUGCGCCAAAUCAAAACUUGUUCUAGUACAUAUACAACUCAAAACCCCAAUUGCCAAUUCCCUCAUAUCUCAAAAGCCUCGUGAAAAACCCAUCUCAUCAUGUCUGCUUAUGGGGUCUCUUUACCUCUCAUGCUCCUCCUCCUCCUAGCUAAUGUGAUCGAUUACAAUGAGGCAAGUACAAGCACAGGUCAGGUAAAUGGGUCUGCAACAACAAGUAAUGAGAUGGUGCCGUUGAUGGAGCCACUGAAGGUUACGGAGAUAAGAAUGAUGAUGAAUGAGACCAGGAGAAGAUUGAAUGGUUUUCAGAUAUGUGCAAUGUGCACUUGCUGUGGAGGUGCUAAAGGGGUUUGCUUGCCAUCUCCUUGUUGCUAUGCCAUCAAUUGCAACAUUCCAAACAGGCCCUUUGGUUUCUGUUCUUUCACUCCCAAGACCUGUAAUUGCCUCAGAUGCCAUCUCUAGUUCUUGUGCUUUUUCUUGAUCCUGUUGCAAGCGUGAGCAGGGGGAGGAGAAUACCUGUUCUUAGAUUUGUUUGUUUAUAAUUUUGUUUAUUGCUUCUAUCAUGCCAGUAUAUGAUAGGGUCACUGUUAGUGUUUGGGUAUUGCUAUUUCCAGGUAAAGCGUUGUUGCUAUUUCCAGGCAAGGUAAAGGGUUGUUGCUACUUCCAGUGGGAAGUGUGUAUAAUUUUUUUAGGACGUUGCAACAACGCCUUCUGAGUGGAGACAGCAGACAAGGUUAGUAUUUUAGCAAUUUAUGGAUAUUUGGAGAAGCAUUUUUCUUAUGUUUACCAAACCAUUGGGGUUUGUGACAAUCCAAGUAGUUGCCUUUAAGAAUAUAUUAAAUCUCAGUGCUCAGUAGUGCUGGUCUGUUACUCUCGACAAAGGAUUAAGAUUCACCAUAUCUUAAUUUAUUUGUUAAUUUCUUAUUAUUAUUAUU